CCCACGGGCCGCGCCCGGCUCGCGUCUCCAGCCCCGGGUCCCCGCCCCUCGCCCCACCCCAGCCAGGAGCCCUAGCGGGGCCGCAGCGCGGCGGCGGCGGCAACAUCACUCUCGCCGCCGCUGCUCCGCCCUAUCCCCUUCUGUUUUUCUCCCAUUCUCCGGUGGCAGGGAAGGCAGAGGCCGUGGCGGUCGCGCUAGCUGUAAUGAAUGAUCCCCUUGCUAGGGGCGAGGACUCCAGGUGAGCCUCUGCUCUCGGGAGGGCCGCCCCGGACCCACAGCCGCGCUAUGGAUCCCUAGAGGAAGGAGAAGAAGACAGCCUGCUGCCCACCCCCAUCCCAUUUUCCUCUUCCUUUAUCUCAUUGUUGCCGGAGCUGUUUACGGCGGCGGCGCUCGCUCUGCUCCGGCAUGGGGCGCGUUCCGGGCACUGCCCUUCGGCAGGCGCAGCCCUCGCGGCUGCCCGCGGGCUCUGCCUAGUCCGCCUCCCCAGCCGGUGCACCGAGGACCGGAGAGCCGAGGCCCGUACUGCAGCAGCGGCGGAGCCACCUCCUAGCAGCAUCCGCACCUCCCGAAGCUGAAUGCCGAUUGAAGAGCGGCGCCUGGGGGCAGAGCCCGCCCCGCGGAUCCCGACCUAGGCAGCAGGACAGCAGAAGCAGCAGAGCGGCAACAUGGCUAGUAAGACCAAGGCUGGUGAGGCCCUGAAAGUGGUGGCCCGGUGCCGCCCCCUCAGCAGGAAAGAGGAGGCCGCGGGUCACGAGCAGAUCCUGACCAUGGACGUGCGACUGGGCCAGGUGACCCUGCGGAACCCCCGCGCGGCCCCUGGGGAGCUGCCCAAGACCUUCACCUUUGAUGCCGUGUACGAUGCCAGCUCCAAGCAAGCAGACCUGUACGAUGAAACGGUGAGGCCCCUCAUAGACUCGGUCCUUCAGGGUUUCAAUGGCACCGUGUUUGCCUAUGGUCAGACCGGCACUGGCAAGACUUACACCAUGCAGGGGACCUGGGUGGAGCCCGAGCUGCGCGGGGUCAUCCCCAACGCCUUUGAGCACAUCUUCACCCACAUCUCUCGCUCCCAGAACCAACAGUACCUGGUCCGGGCCUCUUACCUGGAGAUCUACCAGGAGGAGAUUCGAGAUCUGCUCUCUAAAGAGCCAGGCAAGAGACUAGAGCUGAAGGAAAACCCUGAGACAGGCGUUUACAUCAAGGACCUCUCCUCCUUUGUCACCAAGAAUGUCAAGGAGAUUGAGCAUGUGAUGAACCUAGGGAACCAGACCCGAGCAGUGGGCAGCACCCACAUGAAUGAGGUCAGUUCCCGCUCCCACGCCAUCUUCGUGAUCACCGUGGAGUGCAGCGAGCAAGGCUCAGACGGCCAGGAGCACAUCCGUGUGGGGAAACUCAACCUGGUAGACCUGGCUGGCAGCGAGAGGCAGAACAAGGCAGGCCCCAACACCACUGGAGGGACAGUUACUCAGUCCACUGCUGGUGGUGGAAGUGGAAGUGGAGGUGGUGGCAGUGGUGGCAGUGGGGAGCGGCCUAAAGAAGCCUCCAAAAUCAACCUCUCACUGUCUGCCCUGGGCAAUGUGAUUGCUGCUCUGGCAGGCAACAGGAGCACCCACAUCCCCUACAGGGACUCCAAGCUGACCCGGCUGCUCCAGGACUCUCUGGGGGGAAAUGCCAAAACCAUCAUGGUGGCCACCCUGGGACCUGCUUCUCACAGCUACGACGAGAGCCUGUCCACCCUACGCUUCGCCAACCGAGCCAAGAACAUCAAAAACAAGCCCCGGGUGAACGAGGACCCCAAGGACACACUGCUGAGGGAAUUCCAGGAGGAGAUUGCCCGCCUGAAGGCCCAGCUGGAGAAGAAGGGAAUGCUGGGCAAGCGGCCUCGCAGGAAGAGCAGCCGUAGGAAGAAGGCCGUGUCUGCCCCGGCAGGGUACCCUGAAGGGCCAGUGAUUGAGGCCUGGGUAGCUGAAGAGGAAGAUGACAACAACAACAACCACCACCCGCCCCAGCCCAUCCUGGAGCCAGCCCUGGAGAAGAACAUGGAGAAUUACCUGCAGGAGCAGAAGGAGAGGCUGGAGGAGGAGAAGGCAGCCAUCCAGGAUGACCGCAGCCUGGUGAGUGAGGAGAAGCAGAAGCUGCUGGAGGAAAAAGAGAAGAUGCUGGAGGACCUGCAACGGGAACAGCAGGCCACGGAGCUACUUGCAGCCAAGUACAAGGCCAUGGAGAGCAAGCUGCUCAUUGGAGGCAGGAACAUUAUGGAUCACACCAAUGAGCAGCAGAAGAUGUUGGAACUGAAGAGGCAGGAGAUUGCUGAGCAGAAACGUCGCGAGCGGGAAAUGCAGCAGGAGAUGAUGCUCCGUGACGAGGAGACCAUGGAGCUUCGUGGCACCUACACAUCCCUGCAACAGGAGGUGGAGGUCAAAACCAAGAAACUCAAGAAGCUCUAUGCCAAGCUGCAGGCGGUGAAGGCGGAGAUCCAGGACCAACAUGAUGAGUACAUCCGCGUGCGGCAGGACCUGGAGGAAGCACAGAACGAGCAGACCCGCGAACUCAAGCUCAAGUAUCUAAUCAUUGAGAACUUCAUUCCCCCUGAGGAGAAGAACAAGAUUAUGAACCGGCUCUUCCUGGACUACGAGGAGGAACAGUGGCGAUUCCAGCCACUGGUACCAGCUGGAGUGAAUAACAGCCAAAUGAAGAAGCGGCCAACAUCCGCAGUGGGCUACAAGAGGCCUAUCAGCCAGUAUGCUCGGGUUGCCAUAGCAAUGGGGUCCCACCCCAGAUACAGGGCUGAAAAUGUCAUGUUUUUGGAGUUGGACGUGUCCCCUCCAGCAAUCUUUGAGAUGGAAUUUUCUCAUGACCAAGAGCAAGACCCUCGUGCACUACACAUGGAGAGGCUCAUGCGGUUGGACAGCUUUCUGGAAAGACCAUCCACAUCUAAAGUCCGAAAAUCCAGAUCCUGGUGCCAGAGUCCCCAGUGGCCUCCACCUUCCACCACACAUGCCUCGAUGGCCUGCGCGCCUCUGAACGCUGCGGCAGUGGUGGACCAUGAGUGACAGCCUUCACAGUCAGGCUGCCCAGUGACACACUCCGGCGCGAGGCAGCCAGCCCUGGCUCAUCUCAUCCGCAGCUUGGUGGUGUGUGUUUGAAUGUGUGUGCAUGUGCGCGUGUGCGUGCGUGUGUAGGACGGGGUGCCCGCUCUUCUGCACCUCCUUUAUUUAAUCCAUGUUAUUUAUUUGUGGAGCCAGUCGUUGCCUGGGAAGCCAUCCGGGCCGCUGUGGUCACUGUGUAGCCUCCUUCUCUCUAGACUGGAAACCCCUAGUCAGACCUCCAGCGCCUCUGGCGUCAACCACCCCUAAAAGGAGGUGCCAGUGCCUGCGUGGCAGUGCAGCCGUUCACCUCCGCUGUGUCUUCUCCAUCUCUGACCUGGGACGAGCGGCCCCUAAGCACUUUCUGGGAUGAAGACUGCCGGGGUCUGCUGAGGAUGAGAGACCUCCUGACAGUGCUGAGCCUGUGCUCCCGGUGGACAGGGCUCUGCUCUCCACUUCCUGGGACUCAGACAACCUCUUCCAGCCUCUCAGGCCCUCUUCCAAGGACUUCAAUGACCUCACCUACACUGGCUUCCCCAGUUCAGCCUCCCACCCACCUUCCCAGCCUUGAAUAGGAAUCGUGAAUCAGGUGGUUGAUGCCAUGCCAGGAUCUACAGGAAAUGGACCCAGAAGAUGUGGAUUGUCAUCAAAGAAAGUCCCUCCUUUGGGUCUCUUCAUUUCUGUCCCCUCUGCAAGCUUCCUUUGGUCCAGUCAUCAAACCAACUGCCCACUUUUGAGAUGUAUCUUCUUCCUGCUGUGGCCAUUUUUCCCUGCAGCUGCCAGAUCUCAGGUCGUCACAGAAGGGAUCAGUGCCAUUCUACCCCUGCCUAAGCAAAGGUAUCACAGUCUCCCUCUGCAUUCAGCACAGGAAACGGAGACUCAGACAGAAUCUUUGCCAGCUGUAUCUGUUACCCCCAUUUCCCCAUCUUAGUUUUGGCACACUAUUUUGUUGAAAACUGCCCCUUUCUUUACCACUGAUGAAAUUGGUCCCACUUUACCUUCCUUUGUGACAGCUCAAAAUGUCUCCAGAUAUUGCAGGUGAUAAGUAAAUUACUUCCAAGAAAAAAAAAAUUUGACUUAUUUUUUACAAGGAGAACAUUUUCAUCUUUUAGUUUUUAAAAUGCCUUUGCACAUAUGCAACCUCACAGAAUUGCCUAAGAUCACCUUAUUUUAGAAGUUAAAUCUGAGUUAAAAUUAUGAAAUUCAGACAGGCAUGGUAGCACACACCAGGAGAAUUGGAAGUUUGAAGCCAACCUGGGCUAU